ACCGAAUCAAUGCUGACCAUUCCUCCAGUCAACUUUAUCAGUCGCCCGGAGUCCAAUUCAGGCAAGAAAGAAACCGAUUGCUAUCGAACGAACUUGAGCGCACACUCCCUCUUCCUCCGGCGGCAAUUCCGGAACGUACGAUCCCGCCACCAGCGGUAACAGCCGAAAGCUUCACCGGCGCAACUUUCUGUAAAAUCGACGGCCACCGGUAGAAGAUGACAGUAUCCACCGCGAAGCUCCCGGUCAUAGACCUCUCUUCUCCCGAUCGCUUAUCCACUGCCAACUCAAUUCGUCAGGCAUGCGUUGACUACGGCUUCUUCUACCUCGCGAAUCACGGAGUGGAAGAAGAGCUCGUCAAGAGAGCGUUCGAGGAGAGCCGCAAAUUCUUCUCGCUUCCGCUGGAUGAGAAAAUGAAGCUGCCUCGUAAGGAACACAGAGGCUACACUCCUUUGUACGCCGAGAAUCUCAAUCCGGAUUCCAGUUCCAAAGGUUCUUGUUCAUAUUCGCAUGCCUGUUCUGAAUCAGGUGACUCGAAGGAAAGCUUCUACGUUGGUCCUGUACGUGGUUCUGGCAACAAAGCUGAGCUAAACCAGUGGCCUUCUCCAGAAGCUCUUCCUUCAUGGAGGUCGACAAUGGAGUCUUAUCAUGAUAAGGUCAUGUCCGCUGGAAGAAGACUAAUCUCCUUGAUUGCUCUGGCUUUGAAUUUGGAUGAAGAUUACUUUGACAAGGUUGGAGCCAUGAAUGAGCCGGACGCCUUUCUUCGUCUUAUACAUUAUCCUGGUGAACUGGGUUCUUCUGAUGAAGAACUAAUAUAUGGUGCUUCUGCACAUUCAGACUAUGGAAUGACCACUUUACUCAUAACUGAUGGUGUACCAGGACUUCAGGCAUGUGUUUGUAGGGAGAAGUCGAGAGAACCUAGGGUCUGGGAAGACGUACCACAUGUAAAUGGAUGCUUCAUCGUCAACAUUGGAGACAUGAUGGAGAGGUGGACAAAUUGCUUGUUCCGGUCCACCCUGCAUCGAGUGAUGCCAACUGGACAAGAACGCUACUCUAUGGCGUUCUUCUUAGAUCCUAAUCCAGAUUGCAUUGUCCAGUGUUUGGAUAGUUGUUGCAGUGAGUCGUGGCCUCCCAGGUUUCCUGCUAUACGGAGUUGGGAUUACUUGGCCGAGCGGUUUAGGCUGACCUAUGGCUAGCGGAGUGAAGGCUUAGUGCAGAAUGGUGCCUGCUUUCUACACCAUCAUGUAACUUAGUGGAGCAUAAUUCUUUUCUGUUUAUUUACCGACCUCAAGCCAACAAGUGAACGGUUCCGAGUCUAAUGUUGUGCUUGGCUGGUAGAGAACUAUGUAUUCAACCUAAUUCGAAUCGAUUUGAUUUGGAAAAUCUAAUAGAUACUAUGUUUCGGUGGGUUUUUCCCGAACCCGAGAAAAGAGGAUAUGGGUUUGGUAUUUUAAGUAUCCUUAUGGAACCCGCUCAAUAUGUGCUACAA